AUGGCUGAGGGAGAGAGCAAGGUAGGACCAGAGUGGAGCUUGCUGUGUGUCUGUGUCAGGAUAGGAGCCCUGGUUACUCCAUCUAAACCAAAUGCCACUGCAGGGAAUGACUCUCAAGCCACGAAGUACAGAAACUUGCGGGAACAGCGCUUGGCUGCCCUGAAGGCCAUCCUUUGGGAUGAAGAGAAAGGUGUCUGGUUUGACUAUGACCUUGAAAACAGGAAAAAGAACCGAGAGUUUUACCCAUCCAACCUUGCUCCUCUCUGGGCGGGCUGCUUCUCUGACCCAGGCGUCGUGGACAAGGCUCUGAAAUACCUGGAGGACAGCCAGAUACUGACCUAUCGAUACGGAAUCCCAACAUCUCUCCGGAAAACGGGCCGGCAGUGGGACUUCCCCAAUGCCUGGGCCCCCCUCCAGGACCUGGUCAUCAGAGGUCUGGCCAAGUCACCUUCACCCCGGACCCAGGAAGUAGCUUUCCAGCUGGCGCAGAAUUGGAUCCGAACCAACUUUGAUGCCUACUCCCAAAAGGCAGCCAUGUAUGAGAAGUAUGACAUCAGCAAUGGUGGACAACCCGGUGGCGGAGGGGAGUAUGAAGUUCAGGAGGGGUUUGGCUGGACCAAUGGAGUGGUCCUGAUGCUCCUGGAUCUCUAUGGUGACCGGCUGAGUUCAGGGACCCAGACAGCUUUCCUGGAGCCCCACUGCCUCACAGUUGCCCUUCUGCUUAGCCUGCUGCCACAGUGAUGGGCCUCACUGCCCCCUCUGCCUUCAGGUGCUCCUCUGGCUCCAGCUCCUGCCUCAUUAAACCUGUGCAUGAGUCC